UGAGUGGUCGGGAACUAGCGACAUCGACCGAUACUUUACCCUCAGAACACGUUUGUGAUUGAGACCAACCACCGAGCCACACUAGAAUAAAACCAUGUAAGAAAAUGAGGGCUGGCAGGUCAACAGUGCUAACAGCUCCACUCUUGUACAAUAGUAGUUGCUGGCAUCCGCGCAUCUACACUAAUGGUCUGUUAUUUCGCAUAACCGUAUCAGGUAUUACAGAGAGUGCAUUCGUCUCGUUGCUCACAGUGGCCAUACUCGUCGCUAAUCUCAUGGUGAUAGUCACGAUCAACAGCGACAGAUACACAAAAUUUAUACACCCACAGCCUCGAUACUUGGUGACAUCGCUCGCUUGCAAUGACUUGGCCAUUGGACUGCUAGUUACACCGUUAGCAGCUUUUUCAGCUCUAGUCCAUUGUUGGCCAUAUUCGGAAAUCGUAUGUCAGAUUCAA